CCAGAAGCAAACUGCUACAUAGUACAAGCGGAGAUCGCUUAGAACCGCCAAGCGCUCAUCAAACGCCGGCGCGCCUCACAUAAUGCGGAUCCACUAUAAUCCGUCAUUGUCUGCGCUGAUGACUAAUACGUGUUUACUCCCGGAAGUAGAUUAAAGAUGAAUAUUCUCUUCAUCUCUGGCUGCUGAUAUUUGAGAGCUGUGGUGAGACCUGCAACGGCCUGGAGUAAACACUAGGCAAUUGUAGACAGCAAGAUGAGCUUGCUACAGAACCACCUGGAGCAGAUAUCUUUCUCCGCAGCUGCGAUAGCGGAUUUAUCCUUCCCUCCUCCAAAGCCAUUCGUUAAUGCGCUCCUCGGGCAACAUGACAUCACCACCCUUAUUCGUGACACAGAGGCCCAUGAACGAGCUCUCUUCUCUGUCGACAAUACCACUAAAUCUCAUAGAAGGGCCACCCGUCGAGGGACAAUGUUUGUCGCAGAGACUGAACGGGAAUCCAUGAUCAGUCGUAUAUAUGCCGUCAGGGACCGUACGAACAACUCCGCCGUUGCACGGGUAUUGGGCGGCGAUAUGAUGGAUGCAAUCAAACGGUCGACAGCCGCGACGUCAGAUCGGACUGCAAAGGGUGGAUUGGACGUUGAGGUUUUGCUACGUGGAGCCGAAAUGCUCUGCAACGUGUAUCCGGUGGCAGGAGCCAAGGAGAAUAUUGCAUCUAUACGAUCUCGUCAUCGUGAAAUCACGGAUUCCCUCGAUCAUCUCGAAAAGCGCGUGGCUGACCAGGCUGCUGAGCUGGAACGAAUGAACAUUUCGCAAUAUAACGACAGUGACUACCACUAUGGGCCAGAGAGCGCUGAUAUGACGAAGAGUGAGGCUGUAGAAGUUACGGAUGAAGAUAUUGAACGAGAGCUAGAAGCUAUUCGAGAACUUGAAGCAAAGAAACGGCGUCUCGAAUCCAGAGUAACGGGGAUGGAGAGGGACUUGGGAGGGCUACUACGCUGA